AUGUCGUCAGGAGCGAUGGUGAGCAGCGGCUGCUCGUCCCCGUGCGAGGUGUCCUGUCCCCAGCCCUACGCGGACGCCUGGAGCCAGCCCUGUGUCACCUCCUGCGGGGACUCGCGGGCCGUGGUCUACCCUCCGCCCGUGGUCAUCACCUUCCCGGGGCCCAUCCUCAGCUCCUGCCCCCAGGAGAGCAUCGUGGGCACCUCCUUCCCAUCGGGGGCCAUGGGAUCUUCUGGGUCCGGGGGCGCCAUUGGGGGAUCCUACGGAGGGGGCAGCGGCUCCAUGGGGGGAAUUGGGGGAUCCAUUGGAGGGGGUUCCAUGGGGGGAUCCUACGGAGGCGGUUCCAUGGGUGGAAUUGGGGGAUCCUAUGGAGGUAGUUCCAUGGGUGGAUCCUACGGAGGCGGUUCCAUGGGUGGAUCAUAUGGAGGUGGUUCCAUGGGUGGAAUUGGGAGAUCCUAUGGAGGUGGCUCCUUUGGGGGCUCCUACGGAGGGAGCAGAUCCUUUGGGGGCAGAAGAUCCUUCGGCUCCUCGGGUGGGGGCUUCGGGGGUUCCUGCGGUGGGGGCAGCUCCUUUGGGGGUGGCUCCUGUGGAGUGGGAUCCUAUGGAGGGGGCAGCUCCAGCUCCAGGAGGUUUGGAGGAGGAAACUGUGGCUCCUUUUAUUUCUGA